AGUGCCAGAUAAAGCAGUGGGUUCCUUACCUCAGCUGUAGGCUGUCACGCGGAGGAAACGUUUAGAUGAACUUUUAACGGGGGAAACUAUAGCGACAACAAAAAGUUUCUGGAAUGCACCAAACGAAGUGCGCGGCGAAGGAGGAGCUGAGACGCAGAACACAUUCUCUCUUUCUCUCUUUCUCUCUCUCUCUCUCGCGCUCUCUCUCUCUCUCUCUCCCAUAAACAACACAUCCCCGCAAGCAUCCGCCUGCAAAGAAGAAAAGUCAGGGAGUGGUCGAAAGACACCUGAACUUAAAAAGGACUUUAACUUAUCUCGAGAUAAAAGGCGAUGGCGGUGGAAGUCAGCAGGGAUCUGACGGUGCAGGUGCUGCAGGAUGUGAACGCUGCCAAGCUAAUUGACAGACAGCAGGCGGUGCGCGCUGCUGUCAGGAGAGGAGAGCCCAAAUGUCUGGGGGUGAGCCAGGUGAUGCUGGGGCUGAUGGUCAUGUCCUACUCCAUUCCUCUGCACUUCACUGAGGUCACUGAGGUUGUCCACCUGGGAGUUCCAUGGUGGAGCGGCCUGACGUUCAUCGCAGCGGGAGUGGUCGCUAUCGUCUUGGACAAACACAGCAGCAUGAAGAUUCUGCAGGUGUGUUUGCUGGCGAGCUUUGUGUCCACUGUUCUGUCAGUGGUGGCGGUGAUCAUCUACUCUGUAGACAUAGACAGGAACCCUGAGGUGCUCUGCGUCGAGACGCAGGAUGAAAGCUGCAAUGAGAAGCAAUACGCCACGAGGCUGAGCCGGGGGAUAAAGUCGGCCCUCCUCGUCUUCACUCUGGCCCAGACAGCCAUCUCAGCCGUGCUCGGCUUCCUUCUCUUAAGGCACAGAUGCGGUUUCGGACAGUACGCUUCUCUCAGAGAGGCUGCUCCGACCACCCCCACAUCACUCAACCCCCCCGACCUGAACUGACCAGUCAGCGGACCUGUAGGAUCACUCCUCAUCCCAACCUCUUCCACAGAGCCGACUCAUCCCCUGUUCUAUGUGCAGUGACGUUGACUAUAUGCUUGUAACGAUGACUUAUUCAAUUCAUUUAUUUUAUUUAUAGUGUCAAAUCAUAAAGGACGUAAUCUCAGGACCCUUUCUAGAUACUCUAGGUCUAGACCCAACAUUCCCCCAAGAGCACAGUGCCACCCGACAUGUGACCCGCUGAGAGCGUGACUUUCUAAGGGCUUUUGUGAAUAUUAGAUUACAUAACACGUCAGCCAAGUGAUUCAAAACUUUAUUAAUAAGCAACAGAGCUGUAGUAAAUAAAAUGUAAUGGAAGAAACAAUAAGGGCUCCUGAACACUGCCUGCGUGGCAUGAGCGUGUCCAUUUUUUUUUUGCCCACUCACGCCACGCUCACGCCACGCAGGCAGUGUGCAGGAGACCUAACUCUUACACAUUGGCAUGAUGGUUCAAAUAUGACACCUUGAAAGAUGCAUUAAAGUAGACAGACUGACACAUGAAUAAACAAGGAGAUUGUUUUCUCCUUGGUAAAAGUAUCCCAAGACACUUUUGUGGCCAUGAAAUGUGAAAAUGUCUCCUGAUAAUGGUACCAAACUUUCUGGGUGCAGGCUCUCAGUGCACCUAGGGGACGGACGGAGACAGAGUGGGAAGAAGAAUCUGUCUUAUACACAAAAUAAGUGAUUGCUUAUGUAUUCUCCUCUUUUAUGACACUGUCAACACAUCAAAUGUACAUUAAAAGCUCAAAGCUGACAAAUGA